CACUCAUGCGCCGCGCGACCUACCGACCACACGUGUCACCAGUGACCGUCGCGGUGACCCCGGGACACCACUACCCAACCACACAUGACACAGACCGCACGCGUCCCCAACAUGUGCCAGUGAUUGGACAGCAGUGAAAAAAAAACUAUAGUGAAGUGACAUUCCCCGUGUGAUGUGCUGAAGAUAAGGUGACGAGCAGUGAUUAAAAGUUUUCAGCCGCAGCUUCCGCUUAUCAGAAAAUAUGGUGAGAGGGGCGGCGUUGGCGCUCGUGCUAGCGCUGGCAUGGGCGUGCGAGGCACACGCCAGUGUCUUGGUGCCCACCUACGUGCGGCCGCCUGACUCGUUCGUGCGCGAUCAGCGCAGCUACGCCCCGCCGACGGAUAUCGACCCUGCUGAAUCUCAGCGCACGAUCAAGCGGCUUAUUGGCGGACAUAUGAAAAACAAGGACUACAGUAGCGCGAAGAAUUCCAUUUCAUUAAACGACAAAAGUGAAACUGGUAAAUUCGUAAGCGCGAUUGCGCCGGACCAGUCAGGCGGCACCGUAGGAUGGAACCAAGGCAUCUGGGAUGACGGCAUGCUCAUGUCCAGCGCCGGAGAGGGAAAGGAAGCUGUAAAAAUUAAGGAAGAUGAGGAGGACAAAAAGACACUGUCAGAUCAGGUGGCAGAAGGAAAAUAUGGUCUCAUACAGAAUGAAAUAUUUGCAAAAACGCCAAAACGGCCAGGAAUAAUAAGUUAUGAGCCCAAUUCAGAAACGAGAACAAAGGAUAACCUUCAAAAUUUAGGAGGUCUAAAUAAAGAUGAAAUAUGGCUCGCAGAGGAUCAUUUGUUAGUUUUGAAAGGAGGCUCUUUCCCAGAACGAACUAAAGAAAAUGAUAAUAGACCAUGGCCACCGAUUGACAACUACGAGGCGCCUAGAAGGCAAGUAAAACUACCACAGAAACCCAAAGUGCCUCCGCCCUUUCCGGUACAACUCUCCGACAACGGACCGCUCGUCUUCCUUACGCCAAACGGUAGCGUCCCUGCGGGCUUUUUCCCUCCCUACUCUGCAGGAGAGGGCGAAGGCCCUCUACCUCCUCCGCCAUUCCCAUUCCCACAAGGAGCGCCCUAUCCCCCGGGUGACUAUCAGGGAAACUCUACUGCCGGGGGAGCGCCGUUGCCAAUUCCUCCGUUCCCAUUCCUACCUGGGAAUGCGAGCGAAGGAGCAUUCCCCUUCCCACCACCCAUAAACGGAUCUUUUCCAGAAGGCUUUCCUCCGGGCGCAGUGUUUCUACCACCACCGAGCAACCAAUCAGACCUGUACGACGAAGACGACCCUUCGAUCUACUAUCCGCCGCCUUACAAUUUUUCUUACCGCGCCGAUUACAAUAACAGCGUACCAGCUGGACCAUUAGUACCUGGUAUAAUAUUACCACCACCGCCAGAUUUCUUUGCUCCAAUUGAAGAGCAAUCAACUACAAAGUCAAUAACUACAAGUACACCAUCAACAACAUACUCCCGGCCGAAACCAACUACGAAAGUACCUGGUUUAGUGAAUCGCUAUAAAUAUAAGACAAGGCCACCAACGAGCACGACAUCAGAACCUACCAGAACCACCGAAAUACUAAGUACGAUAACUACACCGGCACCAAUUGAAAUAGUAACAUAUCCAAAGAUAAGAAAACCUCAAAGAAUACCUUCAAGAGCUCCUAUACGAGUUCAAAAUCUUCCAGACGAUGUCACUACACGACCAAAAACAGAUAAACCUGUUUAUAAAACAAGAACAAAACCAACGUCUAAACCACUAUCAGUUUCAGUAAUUUAUGACUACCCAGAACCUAUUUAUGAUACAAAAAUACCUACAACAUCUGAAAAACCCUAUAUAAUAUAUAAUGUACAGGAAAAGACACCCAACAUAAUUAUUGAUGAUGUAGUAACAUCAACUCCAGUGCCAUUAAGAGCAUACUAUUCUAAUGCGGAUAAUGAAGUGCCUACGACUAAAUUACAGCCGGUGUAUAAUCAAAAACCUAAAGAAAAUCCAUUAGCUUCUUUCUACUUCUACGAUGAACAGCCAAAGACCUCACCAUCACCUGCAACAUUUUUCGAUGGCAAGAAUUAUUAUAAAACACUACCGGUCAGCCAAACACCGUUUACGCAACAAAACAUUAAUCCUCAGUCCGGUUUCACACCAACGGUUGAUGUUUCAUACGGAGCGAUUGAUCAAACAGAUGCUCUAUUCUUGUGGCCACAAAAACAAGGACCACGAACACUCACACAAGAGUACUUUAGUGUACAAAAACCGAGACAUCAAGCGGUUUACGUUCAACAACCGAAGCAACGACCAGACCAAUUCUACCAGCAAAUAGCUGAUAUUCAACAAACGAUAGAUUUAUUCACGACAAAGAGACCUAAGGCGCAUUCGCAUAGACCACACGGACACAAGCCUAAAGCCAUAACGUCCAGACCGGUAUAUCAAUUCAGUUAUCAAACUAAACCAAGACCAGAACAAUUGACUUUCCGUGCACCUAAACUGGAUCCUGAACCAUUCAGACCAAUGGUGAGUUACAGCAAACCUUUUAAUUUCGGUAACGAAUUCAAUAGUAUCACUCCAUCGGUGUCACCGGGAUAUCAGCAACAGUACUUAAUAGAAAACAUAGUUACUACAGAAAACCCAAUAGCGACUAGAUACUAUCCUAAAACGAAAUUACGUGAAUCAGAUUACAAUGCUGCUCUAAACGACAAAGAUGUUCGAUCUAAGGCUAAUAGAAAUCACAUACCGAUACAAAAUGACAAGCCAGCAUCGGUUCAAGUACAAAACAGACAACCGAGCACUACGGCCAACCCGGUCGAAAGCGGUUAUUACACUAAGCAAGAUGAGAGGUAUUUAGAUGAUAUCACAAAGAACUCAUUCGACAUAUUUGGCAAAAAAAUUGAGGACAGCACGCGAGACGUUAAUGGUUUAGCGGUAACACCGCCGCUCAAUACUGUGAGGACUCCAAUUGACAACAAUAUAAAUCUACAAUACGAGUACGAGAUCGUCGAAUCUCAGAGUCCAAACCCACCAUCGCUUGACAGAGACACACUUGUGAAUGAUCGUCUCCCGCGUCCACCGAUCAACCCAGACAGCGAACCCGUAAUACAGAGACAACAAAAUGCAGAGUUAGUCCAGCAAAAACCGCCGUCUUUGAUCGACGACACGCUGGUGAACGAGAGACCACCACGGCCAACUAUCAACCCGGACAGCGAAUUUAUCCCUAUACCUAAUCCGGGAUAUAGAGCAGCGGAGCAAUACAGGGUACAAAAUCAAGUACAAAGACCGCAAUACACCGGCGAACAGUACGACCUUAAUAGGCCCGCGUUGGGUGAUGAUACGGCGGUUAAUUACCGAAGACCGCUACCGCCUAUCAACCCAGACGCGGAAUGGAUAUCCCCUGUGAACGCGGCGGGCGAGGGUAGGCCUGGCUCGUUUGUGUCAUACCGGCUACCGGGCGAAGGCGCGCACGUGUACUUCUUAACACCACAGGCAGCGCAAGCAGCACAAGCUGCACAAGCCCGCCAAAGGUACCGGCAGCCCGGCUACGGACGGUGAAACCAAAGCUCUAGUCUGAACAGUGAACGCCGCUUUAGCGACGUGCCGUGUAAAUAUAAAGCGCAAAUGUGAUGUUUUAAGUGUCCUAAGUAGUGUAACGAACGAAAGACUAGCGGGCGAAGUCCGCAUUGCCAUAAUAUUUAAAACACGUGUUUUUAUUUAAUUAUUCUGUAAUUUGUUUUUACGUGCGCCAAUGUUGUGCAACAUAAAGGACGCUGUGUAAUCUUGAUAAACUAUUUAUUAAUUUAUUGUUAAGAGACUGUGGUGCAUGCAUAAUGAUAGCUAAUUUAUUUAUGUUAGUAUUCUUAUGAACUGUCAAGAGUGAUGUGAUAUGUUGUAGUGUAACAAUGAUAGUGAGCAUUGUUAUAAUAUACGCAAUAAUGAAAACAAUUGUUAUCUAAUUGUUAUAUAAACAAAUUAAUGAGAAAUCAUUGUGAUUUUGUAUUUUAAUAAACGAAGAUGAUUAAUA